GUCGGCCUCUUCACGUAACUACUGCGCGGGCUUGUUUACCCCACAGCCGGGGGACUCUCAAACUAAAACCUUCUGCGGACUCUUUGGGACAGAAAAGGUGUGGGUUUUUUUUAUUUUUAAUAGAAGCAUUUUAAUUGGCCAAAUUGACGGAACCAAUUAGGAGUUAACGCGGCCAUGGGAGGAUCUCGAUGAGAUAAUUUAUGCUAAUCGACUGGACGUCACUUCCUUUUCUUUGAUUUGCGCCAUUUUGGAUAGGGCAGCCUGCGGGCUGGAUGUGUAUUGUCUGUCAGGAGAGAAUGAGGAAAGAGAAAAACGCUGCCAGAGAAUCACACAGAGUUUAGUUAAUUUAUUUAAGACCGUAAAGAAAGCCGGUUGAUGCCGUGAGACCACCUUCACCGGUCCAGGAAGUGGAGGUGUUUUUUCACUCGCCCGCCGGAGCUCUGUUUCCGCCUGCCGACUGUAAGGAGAGAGGAUAGCCCGUGUCACCGAGGAGCUGUCGGGAUUGGAAGGUACACCGACGGCCGGGGUGACUUGUUCUUCCCCGCAGCCACCUGUGAGCACGUCACCGUGCAGGUGAAAGUGUCAACACGACGGCCUCGGACAUCUUGAGGUGGCACCCUUCACUCAGGCGGGAGCUCUGGAUGUAAAAAUCAGGCAGGCAGAAUGUUCCAGCUCCCCGUCAAUAACCUCACCAGUCUACGGAAAGCGAGGAAAAAUGUCAAGAAAGCCCUGGGAGACAUCGGCCUGGAGUUCUGCAGAGAUCACUUGGAGGACUUUAAAGAUUUCACCCCUCCUGAAGUGUACAUUAAACACACCAACUGGGAAGAUGUGUGCAUGUGGGAGCCAUCGCAUACCAAAGUCCAGGAUUACAGAUCCAAACCUUUCUGCUGCUCAGGCUGCGUCUUUUCAUCCAAGUAUUUCUCGGCGUACAAGAGCCACUUCCGCAACGUUCACAGCGAGGACUUUGAGAACAACAUCCUGCUCACCUGCCCCUACUGCACUUUCAACGGCAACAAAAAGACCCUGGAAACGCACAUCAAACUUUUCCACAUGCCCAACAACGCUGUGCGGCAGGGCCCCGGGGGCGUGGUGCCGGCGGCCGGCGGGAUGGUGAUGAAGGACGGCCUGCUGAAGAGGACCGGGGACAGCGUGGAGCAGGCGGUGUACUACUGCAAGAAGUGCACCUACAGGGACCCUCUGUACAACGUGGUGCGGAAGCACAUCUACCGAGAACACUUUCAGCAGGUGGCCCACCCCUACAUCGUCAAACCAGGAGAGAAAACUAACGCCCAGAACGGAAACACAGAGAGCGCUAACAACACGAACAAUGUUAGCAGUAACCAGAUCCACUGCAAAAAGUGUCUCUUUGUUCCUCGCACAUACGAGGCGCUCGUUCAACACGUCAUCGAAGACCACGAGCGGAUCGGCUACCAGGUCACCGCCAUGAUCGGACACACCAGCGUCAUCGUCCCCCGACCCAAACCCAUCAUCAUGUUCCCCGCAAAAACUCUAGGAGACAAAACCAUCAUCGGGAUGGGCCCUAAAGGAGCGGUGCUGGCCACGGCACGGUCUCCGGCCACGCAGCAGCUGAGCCGAGCCAUCAUCGCGUCCAAAACUGGCUUCAGCUCACACAGUCUUCUAGCUGGACUAAAACACGAUGCGAUAGGACUGAAGGGGGCCAACCAGGCGUUCUCUUUAACCAACCAUCACAUCAGGGCCACGCUGCCAGGGAACGCCCAGGUGUCCGUCCCCCAGCAGUCGCACGCAGCGAAGCAGCUCCUCUCCAGCGGGAACCUGCGGAGCCCGCUCGUGGCCGGCGCCUCCUCUGCACUCAAGUCCAACCUGCUGGGCUCCCGCGUUCAGGCGGCGGCCACCACCGUGGCCUCCGUCACGGCUAAGAAGGGCGGCUCCUCGCUCCUCGGCACGUCCUACACCCAGAAGUGGAAGAUCUGCACCAUCUGCAACGAGCUCUUCCCGGAGAACGUCUACAGCUCCCACUUUGAGAAGGAGCACAAAGCGGAGAAGGUGCCGGCCGUGGCCAACUACAUCAUGAAGAUCCACAACUUCACCAGCAAGUGUCUGUACUGCAACCGCUACCUGCCCAGCGACACGCUGCUCAACCACAUGCUGAUCCACGGCCUGUCCUGCCCGCACUGCCGCGCCACCUUCAACGACGUGGAGAAGAUGGUCGCCCACAUGCGGCUGUCGCACCCGGACGAGCGGGUGGGCCCUCGCACCGACUCCCCCUUGACCUUCGACCUGACUCUGCAGCAGGGGAACCCCAAAAACGUCCAGCUGAUCGUCACCACGUACAACAUGAGAGACGCCCCCGAGGAGUCGGUGGCGUUCCACGCCCAGAACAGCUCCACGUCCGUGUCCGCUCUGUCUGCUUCUCUAUCAGGGAAGAGGUCGACGCCUCAGCAGCCGCCAAAAGCUGCGCCGGCGCUGCAGGACGCCCCGCCGGUCAAGAGUCCUCCACCAGCGUCCGUGCCCUACAAGAGAGACGUGGGGAAGACGCUGUGUCCUCUUUGCUUCUCCAUCCUCAAAGGCCCGAUCUCAGACUCUCUGGCCCAUCACCUGAGAGAGAGGCACCAGGUGAUCCAGACGGUUCACCCUGUGGAGAAGAAGCUGACCUACAAGUGCAUCCACUGYCUGGGGGUUUACACGAGCAACAUGACCGCCUCCACCAUCACCCUGCACCUGGUCCACUGUCGAGGYGUGGGCAAGUCUCAGAACGGUCAGGACAGCCGGGCGGUCCACUCCUCCCGCCUCGGCCCGUCUCAGAGUGGCACCCUGAAACGGCCUGGCGUCAACAACUCCGACGCCGGCACACCGAAACGCCGGCGGGCGGGCCCCCCCGGCGAAAGGGCCCACCCUCGGGAUAUGAACGGUUCCACGUUUGAAGAGAACCCGGACGAGCCGGUGGUGCUGGCCCUGGACCCCGCGGGUCAGGAGAACCAGCCGUACGAGACCAGGAAGGCUUUCCUGACGCAGUAUUUCAACCGCGUGCCGUACCCGACGCAGCGYGAGGUGGAGAAGCUGGCGUCCCUCCUCUGGCUCUGGAAGUCCGACAUCUCCAGCCACUUCGUCAGCACACGGAGGCGGUGCGUGCGGGAGUGCGAGGCCCAGCGCGCCGGCGUGCUGCUGGGGUUCAGCAUGCACGAGCUCGGCCGGCUGGACCACGAGCUGGCCUUCCGCCAGGAGGACGGCGCGUACGAGUGUGAGCACCGGAAGCGCCGGACGUCCAAGACGCGUUUGGGGCUGUCGCAGCAGGCGCUCCGCAGACACCGGGAGCUCGCCGCGGCUAACGGCGGCGCGUGUCGAGACCAAACCGAGACGAUCGGCAGUGCCUCGUCACGAAAAACACCCCUGGACCUUUCUGAGCCCAUCGCCAUCGACUCGGACAGCGACGAGGAGGAGCAGCAGAGGGAUAUCCAGGAAGCAGUGGGAGAAACUGCAGCUAGGAAGAGAAUAGAGCCCAGGACAGACAUGAAGAUGGUUUCAGAUUUAGACGAUUUGUCUGAUGACGACGAUGAUGAUGACGACGAUGAUGAUGAUGACGAUGAUGAUGAUGAUGAUGAUGGGUCUCUUGUAGAGAAUGGUUUUGGCACAACAGAGAGCUCAGGAAGAGACUCUUUACCCAUCAUCAUCCCCAAGUUUGUCCCGUCGUCCGCGAGAAGUGAGCGAGAUGGAGCCCAGCUGGGCAAACAGCACGUCUGACCCACAACGCUCAGAUUCAGGAUAAAUCUGCCUCUGCUAGCUCAGCCACAGCUACACCUGCUGAUGGAGGUGUUGAAAAGAGACCAGUCGAAACAAGCCAUCCAGUGAGGUUUUAAAAAAUAAAAAGACUAAAAGAGGCAGCAGAAGUUACACCAAACAGAAACAGGGGAAAGAAAAAAAUGCCUUCUUUAAUCCUAAUAUGAAAUAAAGGGUUGUUAGCAUUGAUUUAGCCUCUGAGCUAGUCAAUGCGCCUGAAAGGAGUUUUAAACUGAUCAUAUAACCCAUUACUUUUCAUGUAGUUCUUCUAAUGGUGGUGUAAAUUUGUACAGUCUUUUAAACCUGUUUGGACACAUGUUGAUGUACACGUACCCUAAUUAUCUGCUCUUACCUGUGCAGCCUCGUACGUUCCCCUUCGCCCUGCUUAACAAUAGCUGUUGCUUUUGUGGCCAUUUAUUUUUUACCAUAACUAUAUUUUUUGCCAAAUAUCUAUAAAUGAUUUUCUUUUCAAAAUUUCGAGUAGGUUGUUUUUAUAAUUUUCUGCCCGUUUAAAGAGUCAUUUCAUCCACUYUUUUGCACCUAUUGCUAAAUAGCUUUGACUGUGCUGUACAUGCUACUUUCACAGUUUCAACUUGAUGUUUCUUUGGUCUGUAAGACUGGACAGGAACCAGCAUACUGGCUUUCACAAAAAGGAAAGCUUCUUGUUUUGUUUCCAAAAAAAAAAGGAGAAAAGGAAAAAAAAAGAUGGUUGUGUUCACUGUUUUCUAAAAUUGUGUGUAUUUUAUGUUUUCAUUUUCCACCCAAGCAUUUAUGAACAAUAAAAUGAUGUAGUUGUGGUUCUCACAGAACUGGUGGUUCAGAUUAAAAGAGGGUGGAUUGUGCACAAAA